CUUUUACUCAUUGCUUUUCAUCGAAUUUCUCUCUAACUUCCCAUGAUGUCAGAAACACCCUUCUAUCCCCGAGAAAAGCUUGCUGCGAAACAAAAGUAUUUCCAGAGUGUUCACAAGUAUACACACCUGAAAGGUCCCGUAGACAAGAUUACCUCAGUUGCCAUUCCACUUGCUUUGGCAACUACAGCAACCUUCAUGAUUGCCAGGGGGAUCUACAAUAUGUCUCAUGGCAUUGGCAAGAAGCAAUAAAAUGCUGACUUCUGCGCGAUCAUUCCUAGGAAACUCAAGCACAAAAGAGAUUUUUUGAGUUAUUCACAUUGAAAUUUUUGAUGUUCUGAAGCUAAUAAUUGGUUAGAUGCAGCAGACAAUGCAGCCUGCACAUUGAAAAGUUUGAUGUUCUAAAGCUAAUAAUCAGUUUUUUUU